CAUUGCAGUCUGGAGUUCCGGUGAGAGGAAAAAAAAAAGAGACGUGGCGAAAAAAAUCGGUGAAUAUCGGUGCAUUCAGAGCUCCUUUCUCGUGUAUUGAGGUUUGGAGCGGUCCCUGUGUGUGAGAGUGAGUGUGUUAAAUGGGUGAAUACGGGUUCGCCUUACAGUCGGCUCUCCUCAGCAGUGGCGGCGGCUAUAACAGUCUCCCUCUCGGGUCGUUUUCAUCUCCCAAACACCGCAGCAGUCCGAAUGUGGUGGUGUACGAUAUCCUCAAUAAUAACUCGUCUCUGUUUCUCCCUCUUGCAGCUCAGCAAGCCAUGCAGGAUGAUUUACUGAUGGACAAAAACAAAGCUCAGCCUCACCAGCAGCAGCAGCAGAAAGACCCAGCGAGCGUCGAGACUCCGUCACCGUGCGAGCCGGUGAUCUCCGAGGACAGCAGCAGCCCGUCGAGCGGGAGCAGCCAAGCGCCUUCGGUCCAGAGCAGCAAAGAGAAAAUAGCAAUGGAAUCACCGAUCCUGCCGGGGCUGAGCUUCCCGGAGGCCGGUGGCAACUCCUUGUCUCCGUCGUUCGCCAGCACUUGGUCAUCGGGGACGGCGAACACGGCGGACGAUAGUUUUUUCCAAGGAAUCCCCUCGGUAAACGGCGCUAUGCUGUUUCAGAACUUCCCGCACCACGUCAACCCGGUGUUCGGAGGCGGAUUUUCUCCGCAGAUCGGCUUGGCACAGCAGCAGCAGCAGCAGCAGAGGAGAUCUCCGGUCAGUCCCAACCAGGCUGCUUUUCCUCAGCGGAACGCAUACAGCCACCAGGCCGUGGUGAACAGUAAGGUCUCGCCGUCCUCAUCCUCCUCGUCCUCGGCGUGGAGCGCACAGCAGAGCGCCGUGUGGAGCUCCGGCUCUAACCCAUGGAGCGGGCUGCCUGCCGGCCGGGACCCGCGCAGGGCCGGCGGUGUCGGCCUGCCUUCGGCUCUUAACCCCAUCUCUCCGAUGAAGAAGCCCUACCCGACUAAUGUCAUCGCCCCGCCGAAGUUCCCCAGAGCCGCCCCGCUUACCCCCAAACCCUGGCUGGAGGACAACGCCUUCAGGACGGACAACGGCAACAAUAUGUUACCUUUUCAGGACCGGAAUCGGCCCUUUGAUCCAUUUAACUUGCAAACUUUGGAGAAUUCCUUAAUGGAUAUGAUAAGGACUGACCACGACAAAGGUAAACACCACCCUGUCGGGGGCCCACCAAUGACUAUCGCUGAUAUUGUAUGGAGGAAUCAUUUUGCAGGACGCAUGGGCCUGAACUUUCAUCACCCAGCAGCAGAACACAUAAUGCCACUGACAAGGAGUUAUGGUCGCAGAAGAGGUCGCUCAUCACUGUUUCCUUUCGAGGAUGGCUUUUUGGAUGAUGCUCAUGGAGAUCAGUCUCUAACUCCAGGGCUGAACUCCCCCACUCGCUGUCAGAACGGUGAGAGGAUGGAGCGCUAUUCCAGAAAGGUCUUUGUUGGUGGAUUGCCUCCAGACAUCGAUGAAGAUGAGAUCACCAAUAGUUUCCGUCGCUAUGGACACCUGGUGGUUGACUGGCCCCAUAAAGCAGAAAGCAAAUCCUACUUUCCUCCCAAAGGUUAUGCCUUCCUGCUAUUCCAGGAAGAGAGUUCAGUUCAGGCUCUCAUCGAUGCCUGCAUUGAGGAAGAUGGGAAACUCUAUUUGUGCGUCUCCAGUCCCACCAUUAAAGAUAAACCAGUACAGAUCCGUCCAUGGAAUCUGAGCGACAGUGACUUUGUGAUGGACGGCUCUCAGCCUCUGGACCCUCGAAAGACCAUCUUUGUGGGAGGAGUCCCUCGACCUCUGCGCGCAGUGGAGCUGGCGAUGAUUAUGGACCGGCUGUAUGGGGGGGUGUGCUAUGCUGGCAUUGAUACUGACCCUGAGCUGAAGUAUCCGAAAGGAGCAGGUCGAGUGGCUUUCUCCAACCAGCAGAGCUACAUUGCUGCCAUCAGCGCUCGAUUUGUCCAGCUGCAGCACAACGACAUCGACAAGCGGGUGGAGGUGAAGCCGUACGUGCUGGAUGAUCAGAUGUGUGACGAAUGCCAGGGUGCACGCUGCGGAGGCAAGUUCGCCCCGUUCUUCUGUGCCAAUGUCACGUGUCUGCAGUACUACUGUGAGUACUGCUGGGCCAGCAUUCACUCGCGCGCCGGCCGCGAGUUCCACAAACCGCUGGUGAAGGAGGGAGGAGACCGACCACGCCACGUCUCCUUCCGCUGGAGCUGAUGGAGGAGUCACUCAGCCUCCCCACCACUUCUUCACUCCCAUCAUCCCCUUCAAACCGACUAACCACCACCAUCACCGUCACCACGACUACAACUGAAGAAAACAUGGGUCUUCUUUUAUCCUUUAUUUAAAAAAAAAAAAACACAGCUCUUAAUAUCUUUGUCCAUCAUACUCUCUGCUAGUGAACAUUCAGUAAGAAUUUUGAGUCUUUUUGCUCAGAAAUUUGCACUUUGGCAUUCGUCUACACACUUGAUGUUAGUUAGGUCAUGACAAUACUGAUCUUUUUUCAAGUUUACUUCAAUUUCCUCUUGAUUUAGUCAGUCAGUGUUUCCCAAUAGGACAUUAUUAGACAAGAGUGAGACUACACACACACACACACACACACACACACACGCAAAUAUAUAUAUAUAUAUAUAUUUAAAAAAAGAUUAUAUUUUUGUUUUUUUAUCUAUCUAUAUAUCUGCCUAAAUAAUUCCUUUUUUUAUUUUUAUUUUGUAUUUUUUUUUAACAGAGCAUGCACUUGUUUCAGAAAACCUGUAUCAUUGCCCUGAGUAGAAAAUGUGAGGGAUCAAAAUUACCAAAGGUGAAAAUCAUAUUUGACGACCUUUAGUUAAAAAAAAAAAAAUAAUCUAAAAUUUGAGUCCACCUAUUUGCUCCCAUUUUGAAAAUAGUCCAGUUAAUACCUCAUGUGCACAAUCAGAUUUAAUUUCCUUCGCAUAUAAUAUUUAGGCCUUUAUUUAUUUUUUUUUUAAUAAUCUUAUUUUUUUAGUGUUAUGUACAUAUAAUGCUGCAAUAGCUUUUGCUGCUAAAUCCAUGGUAUAUAGAUGUAUACCAUAGUACUUUAUUCAGGCUGGGGAGUGGAUGAGAGUCGGUUCGGCGCCUGGUUGGGAGGUGAACAGGCCGGCAUGAGCGCGAGCGUCGGCCUCGGUGCGGUCAGCAUUCGCCCCUGAACUGCAUGUUUAUCCAAAUCAGGUCGCUGCAUGCAAUAGAAUUUUCAGUAUCAAGUCUAUUAUUCAUCUUGGCCCAUUUUGCACAUGGGUAGACGAGGAGCAGGAAAGCGUGCAGGAGACCGAGGUGAGCGCUUAUCUCACUCGCCGGUGGUGUUCUACCUUGAUGAUCAUCUCACGUCAAAAGCUAAACGCAUGAACAGACGACUAAACUGCAAUUCUGAUUUCUAAGGCCUAGAUGUAGGAUAAGCCUUUAAAACUCUGACUAGUAGGUGAAGAACAUUUUUCUUUUUCAGUGAUUGUUAUAAUUGUGCAAUUUUUUAUACAGUAUGUAGUUGGAUUUGAGUAUAUGCCUAGAACUGUGAUUCGCUUUAACUGUUCUUGAUGUCUAACAAGUCCUGUGAAAACUUCAUAUUCAGUGUAGACAGUAGACACACACACACUUGCGUACAGUCUUCCCUGUCCCUCUGUUUUGUAUACACUGACACACACACACACUUUCAAUAGUUCUCACUCACACAGGAUGUGUACAAACGACCCCUUCCCUAAAAACUCCCAACUGCAUUCACUAGAACUAAAGACCACGUCAGACUUCAUCGCUUCUGCCUGACUAGUGAAGUGAUUAGUAGACAAAAAAGAAAAUACUGCAGUGACGUGUGUGUGUGUGUGUGUGUGUGUGUGUGUGUGUGUGUGUGUGUGUGUGCUUUUCCCUCUAAGACCCACAUAAAAAGUACAGACAGUGUGACUGCAGCACAUUGGACUAACAUCACCAGAACAUUGUGUGCUUGCUGCGUUUAUAUAUCUAUAUAUCUCUAUAUACACAGAUUUUCCUGCAAAGCUUGAAGACUAGAACCAACCUGCUAAUAACCGUGGUGGAUUUUUUUUUAAGACUACGGUAUGGGCUUGAGAGAGGACGAGUGGGAGUUUAGGAGAACACAAGUAUUGGCUGCUGAUGUGAUUCGUAUAAGAGCGAGAUGGGGUUUUACAAGCCCGUGAAAGUCUUGAGAGUGAGAGCGGUGUUUCAAGGAACGAAUCGUAAAUCGUCCCGUCCCAUUUUCCUGUAGUGAUGUACGUCACGCCGGAAAAGGCUGCAGCAAUCGUGGCCUGGGUUUUUAAUCCUAAACCGUCACCUUUAGGAUGGAACACUUUGUUCGCUUUUGGGAAAAAAAAAUUAUGUAAACAAGAGCUACUUUUUUUACUGAUGGAAAAAAAAAAAAAACAACAGAAAACUAAUCAUGAAUAGCAAUGAGGAUCCUUAUGGACGUGAAUUCUGGGGGUUUGUGAUUUUCCUUCCAACCCAGAAGGAUUUUCUAGAUCUGUUGUUUUCUGUAAUAGACAUUUGUUAUGCACUACUCUUUGUAUCUAGAUGGUUAGCUAUCAGUCAGCUAUUUUUUUGUUGAGAGAGAGAGCGAGCGAGAGAGAGAGAGAAAUCGAAAAUUGUGUGCUUUCUGACUGACGUGAUCUUUUGCAAUACCUCAAUUUUGAAAUAUAAUAGGAGAGAAAUCAAUAUUUUCUAAGUAAGUUUAUUCAAAAACAAAAUAUAUAUUAAUUUAAAUUUGCAAGAAAAUGAUUUAACAGAUGGUUAAUUUUAUUUUUGUCAUGUUUAUUUGCUUUUAUGUUUAAUUUUAUUUUUUUGGAAAAAAAAAAAAGACACAAAAAAAAAAAAAAAAUUGCAACUGAAGGAGCUAGAGCUUUAUAACUAUAGAGUCAGCUGAAGUAGAGAGACGACCUUAACACGGCGUAAACGGAGAGAGCGCUUCGCCACCCACACGCCACAGUGUUAAAUAAAAAGAAAUUUAAAGAAAAAGUUCAUACAAAAUCCUACUCUACAAAAAAAAAAAGUCAACAUCCAUUAGGUGCUUAAAAAGUUAACUGACGAAACUUCCCUUGGUUUUGUAUGUUUAUAAUCAGUCAUUUACUGACCAGUGAACCGAAAUUUAUUUUGUUUUUGUGAUUUUUUUUUUUUUUUAAACAAAAAGCUUUUUUAUGUUUCUUAAGUGUAGCCUGUUUGUUUUGUAAAAGCAAAUUGCCCUACUUUGUUAACCUGAUCUAAUUUAAGCUAAACUGAUCUUUGAGGGUUCUUGAUUAAAUGGAGAAAAAGGAAAGAUUGUUCUUUUUUUUUUU